GGCUUGCUGCGCACACUUCCCCCAUUAUUAAACACUAUGUUCAAAAGGCGCCGGGGGACUUCCCGGAGCCACGGAGCCCGCGCCGCCCGCCUGGCCGGCCCACGGAGCCCAUGGACCUGAGCGCCGCCGCCGCGCUGUGCCUCUGGCUGCUGAGCGCCUGCCGCCCCCGCGACGGGCUGGAAGCGGCCGCUGUGCUGCGAGCGGCGGGGGCAGGGCCGGUCCGGAACCCGGGGGGCGGCGGCGGCGGCGGCGGCGGCGGCAGCGGCGGGCGGACCCUCGUCCGGGCUGCGGGCGCCUCGGCCGUCCCGGGCGCUGCGCGCCGCGCCGCGGGCUCCAGCUUCAGGAACGGCUCGGUGGUGCCGCACCACUUCAUGAUGUCGCUCUACCGGAGCCUGGCCGGGAGGGUUCAGGCCGGGGUGGCCGCCGCCUCCGUCUCGGGCCACAGCCGCGCGGACACCAUCACCGGCUUCGCGGACCAGGCUACCCAAGACGAGUCGGCGGCCGAGACCGGCCAGAGCUUCCUAUUCGACGUGUCCAGUCUUUCCGACGCCGACGAGGUGGUGGGCGCCGAGCUGCGCGUGCUGCGUCGCCAGUCGCCGGAGCCCGACCUUGGCACUGCGACGCGUCCGCCGACACUGCUGCUACUGUCCACGUGCCCGGGCGCCGCCCGCGCCCCGCGCCUGCUGCACUCGCGGGCCGCCGAGCCCUUGGACGGCGCGCGUUGGGAGGUGUUCGACGUGGCCGACGCCGUGCGGCGCCACCGCCGGGAGUCGCGAGCCACCCGCGCGUUCUGUCUCUUGCUGCGCGCAGUGGCCGGCCCGGGGCGGAGCCCGUUGGCAGUGAGGCUGCUGGGCUUCGGCUGGCGCGGCGGCGCGGCGGCGGAGGAGCGUGCGUUGCUCGUAGUCUCCUCCCGCACGCAGAGGAAGGAGAGCCUGUUCCGGGAGAUCCGCGCCCAGGCCCGCGCGCUCGGGGCCUCUCUGGCCGCGGAGCCGCCGCCGGACCCGGGACCUGGCGGCGCGUCGUCCAGGGUGGCCAUCGGCGGUCGCAGGCGGCGGCGGACGGCACUAACCGGGACGCGCGCGGCGCAGGGCAGCGGCGGGGGCGCGGGCCGGGGCCAUGGGCGCAGGAGCCGGAGCCGCUGUAGCCGGAAACCGCUGCACGUAGACUUCAAGGAGCUGGGCUGGGACGAUUGGAUCAUCGCGCCGCUGGACUACGAGGCGUACCGCUGCGAGGGCGUGUGCGACUUCCCGCUGCGCUCGCACCUCGAGCCCACCAACCACGCCAUCAUUCAGACGCUGCUCAACUCCAUGGCGCCGGAUGCGGCGCCGGCCUCCUGCUGCGUGCCCGCGCGCCUCAGCCCCAUCAGUAUCCUCUACAUCGACGCCGCCAACAACGUGGUCUACAAGCAGUACGAGGACAUGGUGGUGGAGGCGUGCGGCUGCAGGUAGCGUGGGCCAGGCCGGUUGGCCCGCCGUGCGCGUGGGACUGUGACCCAGCGCGCACUGGAGCGCGCGCGUUCGCACUCACACCCACACACUCGCUCACUCGCUCACGCACUUGCCGUGGACAGCGUCCGACAGCCUUGGGAAGAGACGGCCCGCCGCUUCCGAACGGCACGGCAGCGCGUAUUUCACCGACAGAUCGCUCCUGCGUUGAGCCCAGUGCCCGCUUUCGCUAGAGGGGGCCGCUGGUGUUGAUGUUGCAGCCACAGGCUGCAAAAAUCGGGUAGAAACGGGUUGGAACGGUGGCGGCUGCAGGGUGGGUUCCCUGACGGAGUGGGGUGCUCGGUUGCGUGUUUGUGGAGGGGUGUGGAGCGAGGCCCCGCUGCAGGCCCAGUUGCGGGCGUUGCACCCCGGGGUUCCCCGAAGGGCUGUUAGUUCUUUAUGGAGGUCUGCCUUGCGGCGGACGGAGCUUUCACUCUGGGGAGGAAUCCCUGCACUAGGCAUCUCUUUCCUUUGAACUUCGGAAAUCCAGUAGGGCGCCCACCUGGGCUUUGAGCGUUUUCGUCUGAAAGGCUGGGUUGCUGAACUUCCCAGAUGUCCGCCAAGGUCAGCCCUGGCCCUCACCCCCCCCCCCUUUUAAAAAUCGAUUCCGAUUGGGAAUGAUCUGGAGUGCAAAGGGGUAUUUUUCUUAUUUGGGAGAGAGAGAGAGAGAGAAAGAGAGAGAAAGAGAGAAAAUGACUCUCCCAACGACCUGACUUGGCAUUGAGGGUGUGGUGGUCCCAGCCAAGUUCACAAGCUCCCAGGCUGGUCCCAGGGAGGUGGCACAGCGGAGGAAGCGAGGGCAGGGGCUGGGAACGGGGAGGGGGCGGGCUCUAGAGAGCUGCCAGGGUUUCCUAAGAGGCCCCCAGGGCCCUCGUGUGGAGGGGCCGCUCCAGGACUGACUGCGCGCUGGUCUGCGGGUAGGCGCGGCAUACAUGUGCUUAGCUGUCAGGGCUGCCUUGGCGUUCACAUGCGUUCACUGUUGAUGCUGUAGUUUCUGCACUGUGAUAGUAUUGGGAAGUGAAGCUUUUGUCAGACUGGAACUCACAACCCAGAGCUGCAGAGCAGGAGGAAGGCUGGGCAGGGCUCAGUGUGGGACGCAGAGCUGUCCUGGCCCCCCCACCCCCACCCCAUGUUCCCAAGCCUGACAGGUGGUGGGAUGUUUCUGGCCAUGCAGGAGUGAGCAGCCUUCGUUGUUGUGUUUGAUUGGUUAUGCCUGGGAGUCCUUUGUGGCCCUUUGUGGAUGGAAGGGAAAAAACCUGGACUCCACCUGUCCCGGUUUGCGUCUUUGCAACUGGCUGCAGCCCUCCUGGGGACUUCCCUUUAAUGCCAGGCUGGGCUUUCUCCCUCAGAGUCUCAGAGAGGCGUGAAUUCCACUCACCCUGGGAGCUGAGGUCCAGGACAGCUUACGUGCAGUUUAAUUCUUAGUGAUUACACUUAGAGAGAGACCAGAGACUUAGAUACGGCUAAUUUAUUAACAGCCCAGCCUGAGUCCUUUUCCAUCUGUAGAAUUCUGCAAAGGGGAAAAAGGUAUAUAAAUGUAUUCUUAAAAUUAAAAUCUCCCCUUCUUAAAGUGUGAAUUUAUAUCUGAGUGGCUAUAAAUAACUGGAACAUGAAAUACCCCUCUAAAGAUUAAAUUUUUUAAAAAGUGACCACUGUCAUACAAUUCAGUCUUAUUUCAACAAGUGGGCAAAGGGAAUUCCCAAAUUGGUGGAUUUUGCCAAAGAAGCCUGCAGAGUUUUUUUUGUUGUUGUUAUUUUGUUUUUGUUUUUGUUUUUGUUUUUGUUUUGUUUUUGGUAAAAGGUGAUUUUUAAGAGUGAUUGCUUUUAUACUUGUCAUAAUGAACUAUUUUAAAAAUGGCACCACAUGUUAAAUGUUGUGCUAGAAUGUUUCAAAAGGAAGUUAAUGAAAAACUAUAGCUGAACAUGACUUUGAAGAAAUUCUAGUGUAUUUCAUGUCGUAGGCCAAAAGCAAACACUUUGAUACUUUUUUUAGCAAAUAGGAAAAGCGAUUUUGAGGGGGAAGAAAUGUCAUGAUUUAUCCUGAGCUUUUUAUGGAUAGAAAAAAAAAAACCAACAAAGCCACACCCCUUCCCCUGGUGCUUUGCGAUGGGGUUAGAUGGGAUAGCUGUGAGUGACGCAGGAAGCGGGCGUCCCUGUGUCUUGAGUGCAGGCUGCACCCCCGGAUCGGGUGCUGUCCUUAGACAGUGAUGGUUCCUUGGCUGGGGCGUUGCUCACUGAGUGAAAGCACUGUCUGGGAUUUCCCGUGGAGCUGCCGGGCCACCAGGGGCCAGGGCGCCCUGCUCCAGCUCUGCCGGUCCUUAUGAGGGGAACCCACAGUUUAGACGACAGCAGGAGGGUGAGGGCAACCCCAUGUGCGCAGACAGGUGUCUUCCACUCAGACGUGGUUAAAGUGGCCCCGCCACGCUUGGUAGCUACGCUGCACGCUCUGUGUGUACUACAGGCAGAGGGGUGUCGGGCCAGGGUGACCAGCACAAGCCCAGUUGCUCCGCUGCAGUCCCCUGCUGGAAUGUCCAGUCAGCACUGACGGGAGAGCCAGCGCCCGGCAGGCAGGGAUCAAGUGUGGCAAGACCGAGCGGCGUAGCGCAGCCACCCCGUCUGAGGUCACCGAAGCAUCCCUGCUGAAGUGCACACAGUUUUCCAUCUUGUGGGGGGAACUGUGCACUACUAGUUGAGAUCAUCUGAACCACUGUUUCCUGUGAGUGAGUGGGGUUGGCAUCCCUACUCAGGGAGCUUGGGGAAGCCAGCUGGGGCCCAAGGGGGCUGCUGCUGGGUCUGCCAGACACAAAGACAGCUGGACACCACUGCCAGGAGCAGAACUCUGGUGGUGAGGGGAUCCCUGCACGGCAGGUGGACAUUUCCACAGCUCCCAAGAACUACCUGGUUGAAUUUUGGCUUCCUGUGCAGCUGGGCUGGGUCUUCCAGAGAGGGAGACUUUGUUGCCACUUGCUAUAUGCUUGCUCCCCAUUCACCAGCCCUCUUGGCAUCUUCUUGCUAAAGUGCCCUGGGCGCCAGGAGGUGUGAGUGCAGUAGAAGCCGGGUGCAGUAAUGAAGCGGGGGUAGUAACAUCGCCCUGUCUGCUGGGUUCCUGGUGUCGCAGGAGCCUGCCCUCCAGCAGUGAUGGGAGGGGAUAACCCUGUGGACGGAAGGAGCGUGUUAGAUCCUACAAGGUCUUCAUCCUGGCAGGAAUCUCACUCCGACUCCCGGCAGAAAAUGGCUCGGGACUGCACGCUGAUUGUCUUCCCAAAGCAGGAAGAAAAAUUGAACGGUUUCCAAGAGCAGGCUGUGCACAGAAAAAGCCCAGCUCUCCCUGGCUUGAAUCUGGUCUGCAGAAAAGCCAGGGGAAAGAGGAGAAAGGGCUGCAGCUGCGUCAGGCCCGCCGUAAGCCCUGCAGGUUCCCACAAGAGCACGGCCCCUUGGGGGCGCGGGCCUCUGCUGGCCUGGAAAGCAGGGCCCUCACGCUGGGCCUCGCGCCAGGGGGCCUCCUUCAGGAUGCCGGGUGGGCUGGGAAGGCCAGGGCUCUCCAAGCAGCACUCCUGAGACAGAGCCAAGGCCCGUGUUUGCCCCCAGAGAGUGGAUUGAGGAAGGGAGAGAGGAAGGUACGCUGUGGUCCCAAGCCCCUGGGAGUGUGUGGGCAGAAACACUGCUGAGGCUGAGCCCCCUACUGGCUUGUGCCCGCCCACAAGGGAUGCCCGCCUCACAGCCUCACAGCCUCACAGCCUCACAGCCUCACAGCCUCACAGCCUCACAGCCUCACAGCAUGGCCCACGCCCACCUGGAGGGAGGCCGCUCUGCAGGCAGAGGUCUGAGGAGAGCCAUGGGCAGUCACUUCCACGCUGCCUUCACAUUCUGGCCUUGAGAAAUGAACACCCAAGGGAUUAGGGUUCUGCUGUGCCCCCCACAGCCCGCUCAGAUGGUUCAAAAUGUGAUUGCAUCUGGCCCAGUCCCAGAGCCUCAUCUCCAGAGUGGUGUGUGUGUGUGUGUGUGUGUGUGUGUGUGUCCCUCUCACUCCUGGGCACUCUUGGUGCUUUGUAGAUGUUGCUUUGAUUUCUGUCUGGGGCAAGGCAGGUGCAGAGGAGGGCAGGACCUUGGCGGGUGGGGGCUCAGCUCACCAGAGCCAGGCUUACAUCCUGUGUCCCUAGCAGAGGCGCGCUGCUAACCCUGCGCAGGUGUGGUGAGCAGAGCCACGCGCAGGCUGGCACUGCGCUGGGGAAAUGUUGGCACCUGCGGCUGGUGCGUCUGUAGGGGCAGCACAGGGAAGGGACGGCUGGGCCCUGUUGGCAGCCAGACAGGGACCUGGGACUGUCCCCAGGUGGGCUGCUGUCUUAGGUGCCCAUCAAGUCCCGACCUCCUCACCAACGUGACGUGUCUGGGCCUGAGGGUGGGGGUGGGGGUCCCCGGGGCAGGUGCCGGAAGAACUUCUCUUCCUCUUGCCCUUCCUUUCCAUGGCCUGGAACGUGGCCGUGGGCAGUCACAUCCAAAGGCCUCAAAAAAGAUACUUUGUCUCUGGCAGCCUGGCCUUUUGAGGGGCAAGGGGAAGGCCUUCUGGGGGAGGCACAAGUGUCCUUCCUGGCCUUGUGCUGGUCUGGAUUCUCACCUGUGCACUGAGCUGAGUCUGGCUUCUCCCACCCCUCUCGGGGGCUACGGGAAACAGGCGAUGCUGAGCAGGGCUGCAGGUGAGGGAAGCCUGUUCUCAGGGGUGGGGGGCUCCAGGGGCAGGGCUGCAGGCGCCUUUGCAUAGUGGAGGGCGAUGCCGAGGGCUGGGAGGCAUCUGCUCAGCCUUCAGGGAUGCUCUCUGCUCACGGUGCGCACGCGCCCAGCUGUUCCCAGCUGCGGUGGCUGUGGAGCCUGUGGAGCCUGGGCCGUGCCUGACGCUGGCCUGCACUCAGCAGCUCGCCUUUGGCCCGGCAACUGUGGAUUUGGGGCAAUCAUGGCGGCGGCAGUGGCAGCGGUCACACCUGGGUCAGCGGGGAUGGAGCUGAGGAGCGUGAGGUCAUUGAACCCUUGGCCUGAGUCACACCCGCAGCCUGCGCUGUGUGCCGAGGCCCCCAGAGCCGCUUCCUCUGCCGUCCAAAGCCAGGAAGAGCUUGACAUUCCAAGAGCAGGGACACAGCCAGCUGCUGGGCCUCUGGGCCGCGUUUUGGGUUGUGGGCACACAGGGGCGCGGUGCAGUGGCGGCUGGUCCAGCUGAGAUGCCGAGCGCUGGUUUCUUGGUGGAGCCACCCCACACGUCCACCCGGCAGACGGCGGCAUCUGGAGGUGGCGUGGGAUGCCCGUAGUGCGGGGAGGCUCCUUGGGCGCUCAACUGCCAGGAUCUAGACUCACAGCUUCGCCCUCUGGGCCUGAGGCCUGCUCAUGGCUGACCAAGACAGGACUUCCAGUAAGGCCGGUUCAUUAAAGCCCUGCUGAGUGGGAAGUAAACCUGAGGGCUCAGAGGCCCACAGGCUGGGACACUCCCUGGGCGUCCAGGUGGGGCGGGGCAGCGUCCGGCAGGUGGUGAUGGUUAGGUGUGACCAAGCACAGCCUGACAGCACUCGCAGGUCUUCCCUUGGAGUCUGGCUUCUCCCACCCCUCACAGGGGCUACGGGCUGCCCUCGCCGCAGGUUUUCCAUGGCACGAGUCUGGAAAGCCGUGACCAGGUGUGUCCAGGGCCUUUCCUUGCCUUCAUCUUCUGAGCUGAGUGAGUGACAUCUGCUAAGGGCAGGAACCGGUGCAGGGGUCCUAGUCUCCCUCGUGGGCUGGGGCAGCAGCACCUUGGCUUGGGGAGCGAGGGUGCCGGUGGCAGGGUUUAUUUCUUUGCAACUUACAUUUUGGGGAGAGAGCUUGGAGAAGGCGAAUGGGGAUGCAGGGCGGUGAGACAGCAAGCGCGGGCUGGGGCACGCCUUCUGGCUGGGAAAUGCUCACGGCUCAAGCCAGGCCCAGAGGCUCUGGAGGAGGGAAUUUUCUCUGGCAUUCUCUGCCUCGGAUACGUCACGGAUCAAACGGGAGCAUCCUUAGAGUGGUUCUACUUUUGUAUUUCAUGCCACACUUUCGCGCAAACAGCUUUUCUGUCCUCUUUGACAGAGAAUCACCACUGAAUCACUUUGGCUUUCUGAACUGGAAGCACUGCACCCCUCCCACUGCAAAGGUAAAGCACUUUUUGCAAGGCGGCAGAUGACCGUGGAGGGGCCUGAAAAGUUUGGAAAGUUUUUUUUUUUUCUUCCCUCCCCGUGCGUGAGCAAAGCAGCCGCUCCUCUCCCUGUGUAGGUUGCUGCGGGACUGCCGCAGCAGCAGGCGACGUGACGUGACGCUGUCCAGGGCAGGCCCCGAGUGGGUCUGCAUGCCAUGAGCAGCCUGCAGCUUAAGAGGCCGAUUUAAUCUGAUUCCAAUACUGCGAUUUUAAGGAAAUGGCCAAACUCAAAGCGAUGGUAACACCAUCAAGGCUCAAUUACACGCUGUUCCCUCAGCGGCUAAAGACAAAAUUAAUUAUUUGGGGGUUGGGGGGGGUGGGAGUAGAAGGCCCUUUCAUUCUGUAGUGACACCCACUGUUUCCCAGUUGGCCUGGGGGUAGGGGGUGGGGGAGGGGGAGAAGUCUUAGAAACUCAUUUAACGCAAACUGAAAUCCCCUUUGUUGGCAGUCUUCCAGCUCUGAUUUGGCCAGGGCAGAACUCGAUUGGGCUUUCUCCUUGCCGCCCAGCCAGCUAGCAGGGAACCCGUCAAGGGCAGGUAUAAAUCCAUGUGUAUAUGUAUUCUCAAAUUUAAAUAGAUUGUACAUAUUGAAAUGUAAAUGACCUGUAAAACAGCAAUCUCUAUUUUUCUUGACUAUUAUAUAGCGGUAUAUAUUUGUUAAACAGGCUUGUAUACGCCUCAUUAACCGUUUUAAUAUUUUGUACAGAUAAGUUGAUUAAAUAUUUUAUUCAUAUGA